AAAAAAUCUUAUAAGGCCGACUACAGUGUAAGUCUUUCGCGAUAAAGUAAAGUGCUAAUGAGACUGAAAUAAGCCUUUCAGCAAAAGGUGUGUAGAUAAACAGGAUAUAUCGAAACACAGAUGUCAUGAAUCUAGCUACUGUCACGUUUGCUAUAAUUCUGUCCUCUCUGAUUCACCUCUCAAGCUGUGCUCCGCUACUAGUCAAGAGAAGUAGCAAAGUCCCCUGCUUGAUAGAUGGCGACUGUCUGGUGGGACAACGGUGCUACUGGGAACCAUGGGCAGAGGAGCCCACGGGUCGCUGUCAUUUCGUCUACGGUCAGGGUGAAACAAAAAGAUUGGGAAAUUUGUACGCCACACACCACCGGAGCAAACGAAUUCGACGGAGCCUUGACGAUGGAACUUACCCCGGACUAAAUUCGCAACUCCAAAAUCCGGAUGGAUUAGGAGCAGAUCCGUUUCCAUUUCCUGAACAAUAUGAUGGGCUCCAGCCCAGCAAUAUCAAAGGCGGGCUGGUCCCCGAUACGUUACCUCGGCAAAUCUUAGAUGCGCCGUCAUACCGCAGAAAUGGCGACUAUGGUCCCGAAAUUGGACCGACGGAGAUGAGCUCAGAGCGGCAGACGAACGAGAAUUUUUUCGAAAACGAUCCGGAUGCGAGGAGGAUCGGGGAAUCAGCGGAGCUGGAAAGACCGAUCCACAGAAUGUACGACAAGAUCUCCACCACCCAGUCGCCACAGCCCGCUGUCUUUGAGUAUGUAGUGAACGAUGACAACACUCACGACACCGUCAGGCUCAACAACGACAACGACAUCAAUCUGAUUCACGCGCCUAUCCCGGGGUACAGCCAGGAUAGAGAUCUGUCCGGGAUCUUGAGGCACGAAGAUGUCCUUAAGCAUGGUAGAGGUUACAUGCAAAACAACGCCGCCAACGGCAUGGAAGAUGACGUUGACUUCGCUGACGAAAUUGUUCAUGAUCCCUUGGAGUUAAAGGCUGCCGCUGAGGGCGCUGCCAUCCGAGCGGGUGACGACAUACCACACUUUAGUAGGCGCGGUCAGCUCCACCAGCACCACCUAGAAUAGCGAAGUCAGCCGGGCAUUUUUGGCCGCAGUGCACCGUGGACUCAACUCCCCUCAAAAACUGGUGAUCGGACUCCAUUAGGCCUAAAGGGAAUAUUCCCGAUGCAGAUUAAAGGCCUGCUGCAGCCGAUUUCACGAAAUUUGGCGUAAUUUGAACCAUGUGUAAGCCUUGCGCCACGAAUUUAUGCCAUAGCUGCGCAAUAUGCUAACGUUCGAUUUCACGAAAAGCUGCGUAGCUGCGUUUUAAUCAUGAGGCUUAACCGUACCCCAUAAGCAAGUCAAAUAGUUCAUUUUCGCUUCGUUUGUUGCAACUAAAUUAAGCCAACUAAAAUGACUGCGUAAGUUACGCCAUAAUUAUUUGGUUGCGUAAGUUUCGUGAAAUUGGUCUUCAUUUGUUGCGCAACUUACGCAAUAAAAUGUGGCGUAAGUGGAGUUAUGCCACACUGCGUAAAGUUUCGUGAAAUUGGCUGCUGGGGUUUUCCGUUAGUAAUUCAACUGUUGAGGGACUGAGCGGUGAUUUUUACGUAUUGAGUCACGAUUUAAUUGAAAGUUCAAAUUAAAGGACACACCUAUUGUCAGGCGACAAUGUCCAAAUACUUGUUGGACAGUUGUUUUUAUUAGACAGUUGUCCUUGUUUUUAUGUCCAACGGAAUCUCAGUUCGAAACUGGUGCCACCAUACCCCAUCCCGCGAAAAAAAAUAUUUUGUGUCAAACCUAGCUCCUGGUAUCCCUCCAAAAGUAAGCCCCGCCCAAGAUUCCCAAGGCUCUGUGUUAUGUCACACUGUAUAACAGCAUAUCAAACCUUAUUGAAACUGUUUGUUGAAUGCUUGACAGAGGAUACCCGUAGAACCUAGGGCCGAGUUCGGGCGGCUUGUUCCCGUAUGUUCACGAACAGCUCGAUUUGUUGUUCGUGGGUCGGCCGCUCGAAC